GUCUCCGGCACCAUGUCUGGUUUGUCUGGCCUACUGUUCCAACGCGGCCCUUGCCCGUUGGCGUUGUUAAUUUUGCUCCUGCUCGGCCCCAGCUCGGUCCUCGCCAUCUCCUUCCAUCUGCCCCUUAAUUCCCGCAAGUGCCUCCGGGAAGAGAUCCACAAGGACCUACUGGUGACGGGCGCAUAUGAGAUCACCAACCAGUCUGGGGCCACUGGCGGCCUGCGCACUCACCUCAAGAUCACAGAUUCUGCUGGCCAUAUUCUGUACUCCAAGGAGGAUGCAACCAAGGGGAAAUUUGCCUUUACCACUGAAGAUUAUGACAUGUUUGAAGUGUGUUUUGAGAGCAAGGGAACAGGGCGGAUACCUGACCAACUCGUGAUCCUAGACAUGAAGCAUGGAGUGGAGGCAAAAAAUUACGAGGAGGUAUGUCCUGCUUUCAAGCCAGAGGAGGCAGUGGCGUGCUGUGCCGAGAUUUCUGUGACCUAG